GCCUGGGCGACAAUAGCAAAACUCCGUCUCAAAAAAAAAAAAAAAAUUAAUUUCUGUAAAGUGUUUGAAACGGUGCCUUUCACACAGAGUUUAAAAAUGCAACUAGCUUUCAACUAUUGUUUCCUAUUAUCUAUCUAUUGAUCAAUCUAUCAUCCGUAUCUAUCUGUCUAUCGAUCGAUCUAUCUAUCCAUCUAUCCGUCUAUAGGUGCCUCCCCAGGCACCUCCUCCCCCUGCAGCGGGAGCCCUUCCAUCCACACUGCAGCUCUGCUUGUGACCAGGGUAAAUAUUACCUGGCACUGUUAAUGUUUAAUGCCCCCACCUCAUCCCCGGCCACCCCGCUGAGGAGCAAAGACAGCAGGAAGAGGCAAGAGGAGACAGUCCAUUUGGAAAUGACUGGGUUGUCAAUAGAUAGAUAGAUAGAUAGAUAGAUAGAUAGAUAGAUAGACAGACAGACAGAUGAAUUUAUUAACUUCCCACUUAUUUUUACACUCUUAUUAUUCCUGAAAGAAUCCACGGAGGCUUACAAACAUAGACAAAACCCAGUAAGACGACACAAUCCUGCAUAGUAAAGGGAGCACCUUGUCUUGUGUGGAGACGGCAGUAGCUUUGGUAGCACACCUUCGAGGGUCUGGUCUGGGCUUUCUACCUCCGGUUUGCCAUUAACUGUGUGUUUCAGGCAAGUCCCUUCACCUUCCUGCCCUCGGUUUUUCUGGUGUACCCAGUGGGGAUCAUGACACUGCCCUGGCCACCUCCAGGGACUAUUGUGGAAAGCAAAGGAGCAGCCUCAGUUUCUUUAUCUGUAAAACGGCGCUAGCAGGAACUAAGUGAUGCAGUGCAUGCCAAGAACCUGGCGCAUGGCCCAUCUUCCCCAAACGCUGGCUCUGCUGGGAUGUUUGCACAGAUAUAUAUUCCUUGGCUCUGGAAGCAGAAGGAAGCUGCACACCUGAUCCUCAGGGCCAUGACAUUCCCUCCAGCUCACUCAUUCGUGCCCACUUGCACUGGAGAGUGGCUGGCUUUUCCAUGUCCCACAGCAAACAUUUGCGAAAAGCUAAUGCCUGUUAUUUCUUCAAUCAGCACACAUAUACCAGUAACAAUGAUGCCACUCACUGUGUGCCAGGCCCCGGGAUACACUCUUUGCAUGCAUUAUUGCACUUCCCCUCACAGCCACCUUAGGAGCUGGGUACUGUGCCCAUUUUACAGAUGGGGAGACUGAGGCACAGAGAGGUGAAGUAAUUGACUAAGACCAUAUUAUUAGCAAGUGAGAGGACCAGGGUGUGAACUCAAGUGCCAAGCCCUGCCCCUGCUUGGGGAGGAUUCAUAGAUAGAGUGGCUCCCUUCAGGAGGGCUCAAGCACCUCUGGUGGCUGCUGGCCUCUGACCUUGGCUGUUUGGUGGGCAUUGGGCUUCAGCCUCUUCUGGAGGCCAAUUCAAUGGACUAGAACUUAACGAGGAUUCCACAGUACCCACGACUACCCAGCACAGGAGUCCCGGGGUGAAGGAGGUCACAGUGGAGUCGGGAGGCUGCCUGCGAGGUGUGGAAAGCAGCUGCCUCCUGUAGCAGGAGGCCUGACUGUCAUUCUCCACUUCCCCCACAAUGGCUGUGUGACCCUGGGCGAGGCCCCCACCUCUCUGUGCCUUAGACACCUGCCUCAUCAGUAAAACGGGAAACAUAAAGCUUAAGGAGAUAACAAUGAGGAAACUGCUUGGUAAACCAUAAAAGCAGGGGAUUCUCCCUGCGAUGAAAGUCUUGCCCCGUCCUUAAGGAUCCUGCAUGCGCCAUGGUAAACGGGCAAGGAAACAAUCCAAGAGCCAGGCCAAAUGGUGGUAGGAGGAAGUGCUGGGGUGGCAGGGAAGGAGAAAUUAGUUGGGGAUGACUGGGGCCCUUCCGACUGAGGUGUGACCUGCAGGGUGCAUGUUGAUGGAUGAAUAGGAAGACAGAUGAAGCGCCCUUCUGGAGGAUCUACUGCUGGUGGGCUUUGGGGGUGCUCCAGGGAUGUGGUGGGGGAGCAGUGGGCCAGGCUCCUAGGGACCACUGCAGGAAAGCCUCCAGCGCCACAUAAGGAACAGCUGCUGCAGCGGUGGCAUCCAUGGUGGCUGGUGCGGCGGGCCCUGCCUGGGCUGGGGGCCCUGUGGGACCCCUGACACUGCCCCCGGAAGCUCCCAAGUACAGAGUACACUGAAGAGAUUGUACAACUUCCACUUUCCUGUUCCCACCGCCCCAGCUGUGGCUUCCCCAGCUGGCAGAACAGCACCACCGCUGACCCAUCCCAGCCCUUCUCUUUGGAAAUUUCCUUUGGGAGGGUUUAGAAACUCAGCCAGCUCCUCCCUGCCCCUGCCUCCCCACGCGCCUCCUCACCCUGCCGCAGGAGCCCCUCCAUCCACACUGCCGCUUUUCUUGUGACCAGGGUAAAUAUUACCUGGCACUGUUAAUGUUUAAUGCCCCCGCCUCGUCCCCGGCCACCCCGCGGAGGCAGCCAGACACUCUCCAAAAAGCAGAGACAGCAGGAAGAAGGGAGUGGAGACAGCCCAUUCAGCUGGGGAAAUGACUGGGUUGUCGAUGGACGGUGGCGGCAGCCCCAGAGGGGAUGUGGACCCAUUCUACUAUGGUAAGCCUGGGCCCCUGUUCACCCUUCCUGAGCCCUCAGGACCCCUCCCACCAAGCAGCGGCCUCUCCCAGUCCCAGGUCCAUGCUCUGUGCCCCUUAUCUCCCCCCGUGACCACGGGCUGCUGCGGGCGGGCUGCGGGGAGAGAUGGCUGCUGGGAGAGACCACCCAUCCCACUCUUCUUGCCCUCUCUUUCCCGAGACUAUGAGACUGUCCGCAAUGGGGGCCUUAUCUUUGCCGGGCUGGCCUUCAUCGUGGGACUCCUCAUCCUCCUCAGUAAGUGGGGUGGCCUCCAGGGAAGGGGUGCUGGCUGGGGCACGUCUAUUCUCAAAGCCGCUGAGCAGGCUGGCUUUCAGGAGUCCCCAAGGAAGGGGUGAGCCUCCCCACCACGCACAUCCCCUGCAGGAUGUGGGAACAGGUGCCCGGUGGGGUGCCAGGCUCUGGGAGCACAGUGUAAGGUUCCCGCUUGCUCAAGUGCACCCUCCAGUGGGCCCGGAAGGAACCUUGGAGGUGAGAGUGAACCUGCGGGGUAACUGGAGGGCCAGGCAGGGGCACUAGGCCCCCCACUGCUAACCAUGGUCCCAAACUCAUCCGUUAAAUAGGGAUGAUCCCACCUGCCUCACAAGAGGAGGGCUAGCAUCCAAAGACACAGCAGUCAGGACAGCGCUCUAAGAAUGGUCCAGUGCAGACUCGGAGUGUUCUGGGGGAGACGAGGAGACUUAUGUAUCCUCAAGCCCUGAGGGG